UCCCCCGGUGGUCCCGCUGUCCUCCGUGUCCAGGCCUGGGGAGGCCGACCAGGAGGGGCGCCCGUGGCUGAGGCUUCCGUGGAAGCCGCGGCUCCUGUGAUGGGGAAUUUUAGGGAACGCGUUGCCCUGUACCUCUUCCACCGCGGUUCGCGUCUCAUCCGAGCCUGGAGAGGAGGAGGUCCUUGUAACUGAACACAAACGGACCAUGCCUCUUCCAGAAACCAUGUUUUGUGCUCAGCAGAUCAAAAUCCCCCCUGAGCUACCUGAUAUUCUGAAGCAAUUUACUAAAGCUGCUAUUAGGACUCAACCUCAUGAUGUUUUGCAGUGGGCAGCUGCGUAUUUCUCAGCGCUGUCAAAAGGCGAGCCCCUUCCUGUGAAGGAGAGGAUUGAAAUGCCUUUAGCAGCAGAGAAAACAGAUGCUGGUUUGACCCCAGGACUCCUUAAAGUCUUGCACAAACAGCUUUCUCCCAAAGGCACGGUGAAUGUUGCAGAACUGAAGGAAAAAUGGAAGCACUUGUGCUUGCCAGAGGAGCAGCUGAAAGCCAUCCUGCAGCUGGGCGACUUCGGCGAGGAGGUGGAAUGGAUGAAGGUUCUGGCACUUGGGUGCAGCGUGCUCGGCGGGUCCUUACUGAGUUCAAUGAAACAUGCCUGCGAAAUCUUAACAAGGGACCCAGAAGGUGGAGCGGCUCGCGUUCCCUUCGAAACAUUCUCGUUCCUUUACUCGUAUUUGGCCAGUAUCGAUGGAGAGAUACCAGAGGAGAAAACUGAAGCGUUCCUCCAUGGAAUUAAAGAACAAGCUGACCAACAAACUGGCAUGGUGCUGCUUAGAAACUUUCUGACCCAGCCCUCAAGACCGUUUUGAUCAGCCUACUCUUCAGCACCAGCUUAUCUUUUGACUGCCUUGUCUGCAAGAACACACUCUACUGAAAGUUUUACGAAGCUUUACUCAAGAGAACU